AUGGAGUCAAGGUCAACGGUCCUCACUGUCGCCGCCGUCGUCGCGACCGGCGUUCUUGCCUAUGCAGUCUACUUUGACUACAAGCGCAGGAAUGACCCAGACUUCCGCAAGAAACUCAAAAAAGAGAAGAAGCGCGUCAACAAGUCGCUGGCUGCAUCGCAGCAGGCUGAAGCAGCGGCGUCUGCUGUCUCGCCUGCGAUGCUGAGGGAGGCGCUUGAGGCUCUCAGGAGCGAGCCGCCUGUUCCGUUGGAAGACCGGGAGAAUUAUUUCAUGGCGCAAGUCAGCAUGGGUGAACAGCUGGCUACCCAGGGUCCCACUUUCCAUCUGCCAGCAGCCAUCGCUUUCUUCCGGGCGCUUAGGAUCUAUCCUGCACCUGCCGAGCUCAUUGGUAUUUAUGAAAAGACUGUCCCGGCUCCUGUCUUCAAGCUUGUUCUGGAGAUGACCAAUAUGGACACUCGCAGACCCAGUCAUAGAACCAGCCAGCUCUUCACAUCCUGUCCGUUAAUCCUGGACCGAUGGAUGGAUGGAAGGAACGCGGGGGGCUACCGCUUGCAUGUAAAAAAGACACCCAUUUUAAUAAUUUAUACUCUAAUCCUCCCUGCGCUUCGCUAUCUAUUGUUUCGCUUUGCAUUCAUUCAUCUGUUGCAACACGUUCUAAUACACACCUCUCCUCCCUUUGCGCGCACAAUCGUCUCGUUUCAACAGGUCGUCGCCCGUGUCACUGGAUACUAUGAUGUCUUCCCGCCUAAAUCGAUGAAUGUCUCUGUCGUCGACCAGCAAACCUCGACUGCUAUGAAAGGGCCUCGUAAAGUCUUGGUUGUCAACCGUGAUUUCGCCGCCGGUGAAACUAUCUAUAAGGAACACCCCAUCGUCGCCGUUCUCGACAGCGAUCUACAAAUUGCUGGAACCCACUGCACACACUGCUUCCGUGUCAUCGAACCCGGCCUCUCCAUCACCGACGAAAAUGUCUCUAAAAUCAUGCCCUCCGCCUACUGCUCCAAAUCCUGUCUCGUUGCUUCCAAGACUCGCGGUCAUGCUCUCCUCUUCACUGACGAAUCUCCUCUCCCUAAAGAACUCCUCGCCGGCCCCAUGCCUGAUAUGCUCGACUCAGCCGGACGCCAAGCAGCCCAACAAAAGUUCUACGACUACCUCAAGUCGUCUAACCGAAACCUCCCACUCGUCGCUGCCAGGUUCAUCGCUCGUCAAAUCGUGGCCGAGACCAACAGACUCGCUAGUCUCGCUUCAGGAAUUGGUGCCAAACCCUCGCCUUCCACUCCCGGAUCUGGAUCGGAAGAGAACGAUUAUGUCAACGCUGAGGACGGUGAUUAUCAGUUGGCUGACCAUUUGGAGAGGUGGAGAUUCAUGGACGUGGUUCCUCCCGAGGGAGAGAUGUCUUUAAUCACCGACUUGCUGAAGCAGACGUUGCCGGGUUUGGAUCAGUUUACUACGGAGGAACGGUAUGCCAUUUUGUCGGGAAAAAUGGCCUACAACGCAUUCGGUGUCUGCUUCAACGGUGGUCGUGAUGAUAGGCCCGCCCCAGAGGUUCGCCCCGAGGAAGUCGAGAAGACCCGUACCCCCUACGGAACCUCUCGUCAAAUCGGCAGCGCAGUCUACACCGUCUCGAGCUACCUCACCCAUUCUUGCGACCCUUCCGCACGCGUCUCCUUCAGCUCCGGAACAACCGAACUCCACCUCGUCGCCAAUCGCGACCUUAAAAAGGGCGACGUCGUUACCAUCGCCUUCGUCGAUGUCAACCAGCACCCUGACGAGUCCGUCGCGGAAUGCAAACGCCGACGCCGCGUUGAGUUGGCCCGUGGCUGGAAAUUUGCUUGUGGGUGCGAUAGAUGUGAGGCUGAGGCGCGUGAAUUCCCGGCUUCUCAGCCUCAAGCUGAGGGUGCUGGCGCUCCUUCUGACCCUGAGGAAGUGGUUGGUGAUCAAUCAAAGGUCGAAUCUUCCAUGGAGAACUUUGAAGCCAACCCUCCCGCACCUAUCUCUUUGAACGUCGUUCAUGACGUCGAGUAAACCCCUCACUACAGUCCAGCUAGUCAAAAUCUCUUUACUACGCACUCCUCUCUUACUAUUGCCUGCCUA